AUGUCUUACGCGCAAUGGAUCCUGCUUCAAAUUAUCAACCGCCUCCAAAGCGGAAAACUCAGCGUGAAGAAUGCCCGUCUCGACUGGGGUAAAUUCUACGAAUGGGACGACAAGAACAAGGACACCACCGCGGACGCCGUCAAUGCGGUCACUGUCGCGCCCGGGGAAACAGGUCUUGUUGCAUCUUGUGGCAAGUCCGAUGCGGCCUCCGGAACCGAGGGCUAUUUGGACCUCUACGAUGGCGACACCAAGAUUUGCACCGUCUACUGGAGCGUUCCUUGGGGUUCCAAGUACAAUACUUUCACUAUCCAAGACCGUAACCCAGGUUACCUGAUUAGUGUCAGCGACUGGAACCAAUCGCAUGGCGGUAUUGGGAAGGUGGAACUGGAGAUUGCCAAGAAAUCUUAG